UUUAUUUCUGAUUUCCUAACUUUUCAGCUUUGGCAAUUCUGUAGCAUAUUUUGAUAUAAAACCAAGCAAAAAAAAAUGUAUUCUAGCUGAACAACGCUUGCAAGUUGUAAGAUAUAAUUAGUUGUACCAUGCAUGAGCCGCAAUUAGUUAUACGCUCAUUCGUUAAUUCCUUUAACGAUUUCCCGUAAUUUGUAGGAAAUGUUAUAAUUUGGUUGUGAAUUCGGUGCUAGGCCCAAUUCACAAAGUGAGUAUUUCAGCAACUACAAGUCUACAAGCAGCAAAUUUGGAAGUAAAAACAAAACAAACAAAAAAAAAAAAAAAUCUUGGGCAGAAAUGAGGUUUACCGCCAGUUCGAGUCAAGUACAACAAGCACCGCCAAUUCUCCCUUGGAAUUCGACACCAACUUCACCACUAACCCAGAAUGUUUCUCCUAACACAUGGGUCGCAUCCACUGCAAAGCAUAACAUCUCUCUUAAGCAAUUCCACAACCAGGUUGACCCCAUUGUUCCAUGGACUUCUGCCAUUGCUCGCCACUGCAAAAAUGGCAAUAUUUCUCAUGCAUUCAAGGAAUUCACCCGUAUGCGAUUCUCUGAUAUUCACCCUAAUCAUAUUACAUUCAUCACUCUUCUCUCUGGCAUUGCCCAUUAUCCUUCUCAAGGUAGACUUUUUGCUGCUCCUUUACAUGCAUAUGUUUGUAAAAUGGGGUUAGAUAGGCCUAAUGUCAAAGUGGGUACCGCCCUCGUUGACAUGUACUCUAAAUGUGGCUUCGUGGAUUCUGCAAGACUCUGUUUUGAUGAUAUUUCUGAGAAGAAUUCCGUGUCUUGGAAUACUAUGAUUGAUGGCUAUAUGAGGAAUGGUAAGGUUGAUCAUGCACUCCAACUGUUUGAUGAAAUGCCUGUGAAAGACGCAAUUUCUUGGACCGCAUUGAUUGGUGGAUUUGUGAAGAAGGGUCUUGAUGAGGAAGCUUUGGAAUGUUUCUUUGAGAUGCAACUUUCUGGGGUGGAGUCGGAUUAUGUAACCAUCAUUGCUGUGCUUUCUGCGUGUGCUAAUUUAGGAGCGCUUAGUUUAGGGUUGUGGAUUAAUAGGUUUGUCAUGGGGAAAUAUUUUAGGGAUAAUAUCCGUCUUUGUAACACAUUGUUAGAGAUGUAUUCACGGUGUGGUCGUGUAGAUUUUGCUCGUGAAAUUUUCGAGAAGAUGCCAAGUCGUACUUUGGUAUCAUGGAACACAAUGAUUGGUGGAUUUGCAAUGAAUGGGCUUGUUGAAGAGGCAUUAAUUCUUUUUGAUAGGAUGCAGAGGGAAGGCUUCAAACCAGAUGGUGUCAGUUUUACCGGAGCUCUUACUGCCUGCAGUCACGCUGGUUUGGUAGAUCAAGGGCUCGAGUACUUUGAUGGCAUGCAAAAUGUUCACAAUCUUUCUCCUCGUAUUGAGCAUUAUGGUUGCUUAGUUGAUCUCUACAGCCGUGCAGGGAGGUUAGAAGAUGCAUUAAGUGUGAUAAAAAACAUGCCGAUGAAGCCUAAUGAAGUUGUAUUAGGAUCACUGCUGGCAGCAUGCAGAAAUUGUGGGGACAUUAACUUAGCAGAGGUUGUCAUGAAAUUUUUGGUGGAGUUGGAUCCAAGCUCUGAUUCAAACUAUGUGAUGCUUGCAAACAUGUAUGCUGCUGUUGGAAGUUGGGAGGGUGCAGGUAAGGUUCGAAGGAAUAUGAGAACUCGUGGGAUACAAAAGAGACCCGGUAUAAGCUCAAUUGAGAUAGAGGGUGGCAUUCAUGAAUUCAUGGCCGGUGAUAAAUCUCAUUCUCAGACAGAUUCUAUCUAUGAAAUUCUAGAGCUUCUGUCAUAUGAACUGGAGAAUUAUGGAUAUAUUCGAGAAGCUGCAGUACCAGAAUUAUAAGGCCCCGAGAAAUGCCCUCCACAAACACGCAUCGGGCUCCAUCUCCAUGCUCUCAAUAAUUCCUCUAGCUUCUUCUAUUUUGCCAGCUCUACCCAACAUAUCAACCAUACAACUACAAUGUUCCUUGGUUGGCCGUAUAUGAAAUAUCUCAACCAUCAUCUCAAAAUAUUCCUCCCCCUCCUUUACCCUUCCUCCAUGACUACAAGCUGUGAGAAUUGUGGUAAACAUCACCUCGUCUGGCCAAACACCCGCAACCAACAUCUUAUCAAACAAACAAAAUACCUCAUCAGCGUUCCCAUGCAUUCCAUAACCACCCAUCAUGGCACUCCAUGUAAUCAAGUUUCUUCUAGGCAUUUUAUCGAACACUUUACGUGCAGACUCCAACUCACCGCACUUACAGUACAUUGUGAUCAAGGCGUUGCAAUGUGCAAUAUCAAAACCAAACCCAUGUACCAAAACGAAACUGUGGAUUCGCCGCCCAAUUCUUAAGUACGAAAGUGCGGCGACAGAUUUAAGAACUGCGGGAAGGGUGUUGAGGUCAAUCGGUUUGCGAUCUUGGAGCAAUUGAUGGAAAGAAGAAAGAGAAAGAUGAAACUGCUUGGUAGAAGCGUAGCCCCUGAUAAAGGUGUUGUAGAGAAAGGUGAAUUUACGGUUAGUGAAAGAAAACAUAAGCUCAGCAUCGGAAAACUCAGCACAAGCGGUGUAGGAAGAGACGAGCUUUGCUCGGAUGAAGUCAUUGCAUGAAAACCCCAGUUUAAUAGUUUGGGAAUGGAGUAUCCGCAGGUUUUGGAGGUUCUUGGUUCCGCAACAGAGCUCCAGAAGUGAAGCGCAAGCAAGCAUGUUUCGAGGUAGACUCAUCUCAAAUUCUCAUUGCUCUUUUUUUUUUUUUUUUUUUUUGUUCUUUUUAAUUCUUCAAACAAAGUUUUAGCCCGCUUCACCCAUGUGACUGUCUAGCUUCUCGCCAUUUCUAUUCCCACUCUCGCGGAGCAGGGAGUAAUAUUUCAAUAUCCUUUGUUACUUAAACAUGAAUGUAACUAGGUCCACGAUAUAAUUAGUUUUGUUUUUUUCCAAAACGGUAGUCACUAAUGUA